AUGGGCGAUCUACCGGAGGCAAGAGUUAACCGUGCCGCUCGCGCAUUUAUACAUACUGGCGUUGAUUACGCUGGACCAAUCACUGUCCGAACCGCGCCCGGCCGAGGACACAAAUCGCAAAAGGCUUACAUUGCGCUGUUCAUAUGUUUAACGACCAAGGCUAUGCAUUUAGAACUUGUUUCCGAUUACAGCUCGCCGACCUUUAUUGCAGCGUACCAGCGAUUUGUCUCCCGCCGAGGACUACCGCAGUCCAUGUACUCAGACAACGGUACAACAUUUCAUGGCGCUAAUCGAGAAUUAUCCGAAGCUCACGCGAAAGCAAUUCGCGAUCCAAGCUUUCGUAAUCGUCUCGCUAGCGAUGGAACCGCGUGGCAGUUCCUACCCCCGGCCGCACCACAUUUCGGCGGACUGUGGGAAGCCGGUGUCAAGAGCGUCAAAUACCACAUAAAGCGUUGCAUCGGCCUCCAUACAUUAACUUUUGAAGAAAUGACCACGUUUCUUUGUCGCAUUGAAGCUUGCUUAAACUCUCGUCCGAUCGCUCCCGUCUCCGAUAAUCCUGACGAUUAUCACGCGUUAACGCCUGGUCAUUUCUUGAUCGGUACCUCUCUUCUCGCUCCCGCCGAACCAAGCGUGCUUGAAUUUAACGAGAAUCGAUUGUCGCGUUGGCAAAUGAUUCAACGUCUGACGGAAGAGUUUUGGCGGUCCUGGUCAAGCGAUUACUUGCAUUCUCUUCAACAACGCCCAAAAUGGCGCGUUAUCCAGCGACUUGCCAAAGUUGGCCAAAUAGUCCUAGUGCGUAAUCCCUUGGCUCCGCCCAGCCAUUGGGACCUUGGACGAAUUGUCGCCUGUCAUCCAGGAGAAGAUGGCCUGACGCGCGUUGUCACGGUCAAAACCUCCCGUUCUGAAUAUAAACGACCGAUCGUGAAACUAUGCUUCUUGCCUGUUGCGAUUAAUACCGAAGAAGUAAAAGAUUCCGUUAUGGCGGGCGGAAUCUCGUCUUAA